GGGGGAGGCGGCGGGGGGGUCAGGGGAGGUUGCGGGCGGCGCAGGCGCAGUGCGGCGGCCGAGUCAGUGUGUAUGUGAGACUCUGACGGGUUCAAAAUGGCGGCGGCGGCUCCUGUAAGAGGACAAAGGCGCAGGAGAGACCUGGAUGAAGAGGACGACGACAGCAGUCCUGGAGUGUCCUUCUCGCUCUCUUCAGAAGAGUCGGAGAUGGAGCCAGAGGAAGAAAGGAUCCGUUACAGCCAAAGACUGCGUGGCACGAUGAGGCGGCGCUACGAGGACGAUGGCAUCUCCGAUGAUGAAAUCGAAGGGAAGAGGACGUUUGACCUCGAGGAAAAACUGUCCACCAACAAGUUUAACUCCACCUUCGUGGUCUUCAUGGAAGGCAAAGACUUCACAGUCGAAUACAUCCAGCGCGGCGGCCUGAGAGACCCUCUGAUCUUCAGGAGCUCUGACGGCCUGGGGAUAAAGAUGCCGGAUCCGGACUUCAGCGUGAACGAUGUGCGGCUGUGUGUCGGGAGCCGGCGGAUGGUGGACGUCAUGGACGUGAACACGCAGAGGGAUAUCGAGAUGUCCAUGGCACAGUGGGCGCGCUACUACGAAACACCGGAGGCCGAGCGGGAGAAACUGUACAAUGUCAUCAGCCUGGAGUUCAGCCACACUAAACUGGAGAACCUGGUGCAGAGACCUGCCACGGUGGAUUUGAUUGACUGGGUCGAUAACAUGUGGCCCAGACACCUGAAGGAGAGUCAGACAGAGUCUACGAACGCUAUCCUGGAGAUGCAGUACCCAAAGGUGCAGAAAUACUGUCUGAUGAGCGUCAAGGGCUGCUACACAGAUUUCCACGUGGACUUCGGUGGCACUUCUGUGUGGUACCACAUCCACCGAGGGGGAAAGAUCUUCUGGCUGAUCCCUCCUACGCCCCAGAACCUGGAGCUCUAUGAAAACUGGCUUCUCUCAGGGAAGCAGGGAGACAUUUUUCUUGGGGACAGAGUGUCAGAGUGCCAGCGCAUCGAGCUCAAGCAGGGCUACACGUUUGUCAUCCCCUCAGGUUGGAUCCAUGCUGUGUACACUCCCAUGGACACGCUGGUGUUCGGAGGCAACUUCUUACACAGCUUCAACAUCCCUAUGCAGCUCCGGAUCUACAGCAUCGAAGACCGGACACGGGUCCCAAAUAAGUUUCGUUACCCUUUCUAUUACGAGAUGUGUUGGUAUGUGCUGGAGCGCUACGUCUACUGCAUCACCAGCCGCUCGCAUCUGACCAAGGACUUCCAGAAGGAAUCGCUCAGCAUGGAUAUGGAGCUGAGCUCCUCAGACUCAGUGACCAUGGAAGAAGAGGAGGAGGAGGAAGACGACGAGGAUGCAGCAGGGAAGGAACCCAGGCGACCUGUCACCAGACGGUCCAUUCUCACCAGCCCCAUCGCCAACGGUGCCAAUGUGGACUAUGACGAACUGGGCAAGAGCUGCCGGAGCAGCCUGCCGGGUCUGAAGAAGACCCCGUCUAUUGACUCUUCCGACUCCAGCCGGGGCUCCCAAAACGGCCAGGCCUGGGAGCCGAGCGGGGGCAGCCCGCGCAAGAGCAGGAAGGUGCAUCUGACGCAGUUUGAGCUGGAGGGGCUGCGCUGCCUCGUGGACAAACUGGAGUCACUCCCCCUGCACAAGAAGUGCGUUCCCACCGGCAUCGAGGACGAGGAUGCCCUCAUUGCUGACGUCAAGCUGCUGCUAGAAGAAUACGCAAACAGCGACCCCAAACUGGCACUUACAGGCAUCCCCAUCGUCCAGUGGCCCAAGAGAGAUAAGCUAAAGCUCCAGGCCCGGCUGAGGGUGCGCCUGCCCACCAUCCCCAUCACCAAGCCGCACACCAUGAAGCCAACCCCUCGCCCGACGCCUGUCAGGUCCACGGUCUCUCCCAUCGUGUCGGGCGCCAGGCGGAGGCGGGUGCGGUGCCGAAAAUGCAAGGCGUGCAUGCAGGGCGAGUGUGGCAUGUGCCACUACUGCAGGGACAUGAAGAAGUUUGGCGGGCCUGGCCGCAUGAAGCAGUCCUGCGUCCUUCGGCAGUGCUUAGCGCCCAGGCUGCCUCACUCGGUCACGUGUGCACUUUGCGGGGAGGUGGAUCAGAACGAGGACUCGCAGGACUUUGAGAAGAAGCUCAUGGAGUGCUGCAUCUGCAACGAGAUCGUUCACCCCGGCUGUCUGCAGAUGGACGGGGAAGGGCUGCUCAACGACGAGCUCCCCAACUGCUGGGAGUGCCCCAAGUGCUACCAGGGUGACGACGCAGAGAAGGGCCAGAAGCGGAAGGUGGAGGAGAGCGACGACGACACGGCGCAAACCAAGGUGCUGCGGCCCCUGCGGAGUUGCGAGGAGCCCCUGACCCCCCCGCCCAACUCGCCCACUCCCAUGCUGCAGCUGAUCCACGACCCCGCGUCCCCGCGCGGCGUGGUGACGCGCUCGUCCCCGGGAGCCGGCCCCAGCGACCACCACAGCGCCAGCAGAGACGAGCGCUUCAAGCGGCGGCAGCUCCUGCGGCUCCAGGCCACCGAGAGAACCAUGGUGAGGGAGAAAGAGAACAAUCCCAGCGGCAAGAAGGAGCUGUCAGAGGUGGAGAAGGCCAAGCUGCACGGCUCCUACCUCACCGUCACGCUCCAGCGUCCCACCAAAGACGUCCACGGCACUUCCAUCGUCCCCAAGCUCCAAGCCAUCACGGCCUCCUCCACCAACCUGCAGCACUCUCCCCGCGUGGUCAUGCGCCACGUGCCGGCACGGAUGCCCCUGCGGGGCGGGGGGGAGGAGGAAACGGCUGCCGAGGAGGAUGAGGAGGAGGAGGAGGAAGAGGACGAGAACGCGGAGGAAGGGGGGGCAGCCCGGCUCAACGGCCGCGGGGGCCGGGGGCAGGAGGGCGAGGAGAGCUGGAUGCAGCGCGAGGUGUGGAUGUCCGUCUUCCGCUACCUCACCCGCAGGGAGCUCUGCGAGUGCAUGCGGGUGUGCAAGACCUGGUACAAGUGGUGCUGUGACAAGAGAUUGUGGACAAAGAUAGAUUUGAGCAGGUGCAAGUCCAUCACCCCCCAGGCGCUGAGCGGCAUCAUCAAGAGACAACCGGUCAGCCUUGACCUCAGCUGGACCAAUAUCUCCAAAAAACAGCUUACGUGGCUCGUCAACAGGCUGCCAGGCCUGAAAGACCUCAUUUUAGCGGGCUGUUCCUGGUCUGCGGUCUGUGCUCUCAGUACCUCCAGCUGCCCCCUUCUCAGGACCCUCGAUCUUCGGUGGGCAGUAGGAAUCAAGGACCCUCAGAUCCGGGAUUUACUCACGCCACCGACAGACAAACCCAGUAAGCUGUUGCCUGGGGUGAUAAACCAAGUGCCGAGCGGGGAGGUGAUGCCAGAUCCCAAACAGAUAGUCCUCCUUCAUCUUCUCUCCCUUUUUGCAGGUCAGGACAAUCGCAGUAAACUCCGCAACAUGAUUGAUUUCCGGCUCGCCGGCCUGGAUAUCACCGACGCCACGCUGCGGCUGAUCAUCCGCCAUAUGCCCCUGCUCUCCCGCCUCGACCUCAGCCACUGCAACCACCUUACGGACCAGUCGGCCAACCUCCUCACAGCCGUGGGCUCUUCCACACGCAAUUCCCUCACCGAGCUCAACAUGGCAGGCUGCAAUAAGCUGACGGACCAGGCCUUGCUGUACCUGCGUCGCAUCUCCAACGUCACUCUUAUCGACCUACGAGGUUGCAAACAGAUCACCCGCAAAGCCUGUGAGCACUUCAUCUCGGACCUGUCCAUCAACAGCCUCUACUGCCUGUCCGAUGAGAAGCUGAUCCAAAAAAUCAGCUAGAGACCCUCCCCGGGGCAGACUGAGGAGAAGGAAAAAAACAAGAGCCCAUCCCACCCCUCUCGGAGAACCGCUCCUCCACGUCCCCACCUUGCCCUCUGCGUCCUGCCGCUGCCUCCCACGCGAUUCGGCAGGCAGGGCCGGCGCUCCGACCGUCCUUCCUCCUCCUCCUCCCCCGGGACUUCUGCCGAUGAAGAUGUCCCGCCAGGCUGGCCAGUACCAGAGGAGGAACGGGCAAAAAGAAAUGGCCGGGGAGCCUCGGCGCGGAGGCUUGGCCGCUCCCACGGCGGAGGUUGGAAUAGAGAUCUCUGUGCAGAGAAAUGGGGCACCCUCUUUCCCCCCUCAGCUUUUCCCCCUCCUCCCCGUCAUAUCCUCGCCUUGAAAACACUUGUCACUUCCCCAGUAGCACAAAGCUUGAGGGUCAAGGUCUCUCCAAGGAAGCAGGAGCAGAGCUGGAACAAAACCUCCCCCCGACGGCUUCCCUUGUCUGGCUGUGGGGGGGCUGCGAUCGCUCCCCCUUCUUCUCCCCCAAUUUUCAGGCAUUUGAGCAGGGCAGGACCCCCCCAGCCAGGGGGGCGGGGGUCCCUGGCCACGCAGUGGCCAGAAAUGGGGCGGUUUGCAGCCCGUUGUGCCCCUACCCCACGGGGGAUGAUGCACUUCCACUUUGGGGCAGCUGUGUACCCCCUCAGUGUCCCCUCCAGCGUCCCCUCUGUCCCAGGGGCCAGGUGUUGAUUGGGAGCAGGGGACAAACCCCCCAGGUCCAUCGGAGCUCAGGGAGGACUCGGGGAAAAGCAUCAUCCAGGGUUGAGCGAGCGCGCGGGGGGGCCGGGAGCUGCCUCCUCUUCCUCCCCCAGCAUCGCAAAGCACUCGGGGGCCAACCGCGGCCGGAGGGACGAGGGUGGCUUUGUCCGGCCUGGGACCCAACUGGCACGAAUGUCCCGUGUGUGUCCCCCCCACACUGCAUUGUCCUCUCCUUCCUUGCCCCCCUUUUAGCUGCCGUUUUCCUUUGCAAUGAACGGUCGGUCCAAAGAACGUCUCUCCAGGGCAGCGGAGAGCUUGUGCACUUUAAAAAAAAACAACAAAAAAAAAGGAAAAAAAGGAAAAAAAAAAAGAAAACAAACAAACAAAAAGAACAAAAAAACCUAAAAAGAAAAAAGAAAGGAAAAAAAAGUCGGAAUCUUCGUUUGGGUCACUAUUUUAUUUCCCUCCCUGUCCUGCCUGUGACCGGACGCUCCCCGCCCCCCCGGCCUGGUGUCAGGACCCCCCCAACCCCCUGGCAGCGUGUACAGAUGAUAGCACAAAGCGUGUCACCCCCGCGUCACCUGCCCCGGUGUCACCUGUCCCCAGCCCCGGACAGGCGGGCGAGGGGCAGGGGGGCAGCCCCGCCGCCCCAAAGCAAUAAGGGAGGAGGAGGUGGGCUGGCGGCGCGUCCCCGGGGGAUGCGAGGGGACAGCGCCGCGGCGCCUUGGGGACGAGGGACAAGUUUUGCCGCGGGGAUUCCGGAGGGUUCGGUGCGGGGUGUAUUUGAGCUAAAAAACGCAUCCCGGGCGAGAGGCCGAGCAGAGAAGCCGCGGCGGGGGGGGGGGACCUCCAGCCUUAGUCUCUCCUGGUGGCUCCCGUGACCAGACGGUGGAAGAAUCAAAAGCUUUUAUAUUUCCUUUGGAUUGAUUUUUUUUUUUCUUGAUUUUUGCAAUGAGAAAUACAAACCAUUUUUAAAACUGCCCCCUGGGGUAGAGCCGAGCUGGGGGCGGGCGCUGAGGGACCCGUCCCCACGUGUCCCCUCCCGGCCGCGCGCCCUCGGGAUUGUCACCCCUGCUCCCACCACCCGCCCCCAGGGGCUGAGACUCCACAAGGAAGAGAAGAACAGAAUUUAUAUAUAUUAAAAAAAGAAAUCACUUAGUGAUUUAAAAGCAGCGCAGAGUGCUCCCGAGCGACACCUCCCGCGAGAAAAGUCACUUGUUUAAGGGUUUGGUUGUGUUUUUCGGUUUCGUUUCGAUUUCUCCCCCGUUUCCCUCUCUCCUCCUUCCCCCCCCCCCCCCCCCCUUCCUGGAGAAAUAUUGUAAAUAUAUAUUUUUUUGUUGGCGAUUUAGAGUCCAUCUCUGAUGUUUGUGCUUUAAAAUUAAAUGUAAGCAUUAAGGGUAAAAAGCAAAACCACGUCUUGCGCUGUCUCCGUGGGGGCGGUUUGGGUUGGGGGUCGCAGGGGGGGGAGCUCCGUGGCUUCUUCUCAUUUAAGUUCGUUUUGGUUGUUCUUUUGGUUUGAUUUUUUUAUUCCUAAGCGUUCUGCAAUGCUGGUUUUUGUUUAGAGAGGAUUUGCUCAGAAUAUAUCGUGAGUAGCGCAGGGACGGGAGAGCUGGGGGGGGACGCACCGGCCGCCGAAGAGAAAUGUUUUGUUUCUCGGGGGUGGAUUUUUUUGGAAUAAAAAACACAAAAAAAAUUUAAAGAAAACAAAAA